AUGCCCCACAAACCACCGCCUCGUAGGCAGAGCAUCAAUGUGGGCAGAGGAGCCAGGAAGAGAGAUGAAGAUCCAGGGACUGAAGUAGGGGAAGGGACAGAUGAAUGGGCCCAGUCCAAAGCCACCGUUAGACCCCCUGACCAGCUGGAUUUGACGGAUGCAGAGCUAAAGGAGGAGUUCACCCGGAUUCUGACAGCCAACAACCCACACGCACCCCAGAACAUCGUCAGGUACAGCUUCAAGGAAGGCACAUAUAAGCUAAUCGGCUUUGUGGACCAACUGGCAGUUCACUUCAGCCAAGUCGGAAACCUGAUCCCCAAAGACUCGGAUGAAGGACGGCGACAGCACUACCUCGAUGAGUUAGCAGCAAGUUCUCAGGAGUUCGCCAAGGUGGUGACUUCAGAAACAGAAAUCCUUGAAGAAGAAGAAGAACCCAGGGAAGCUGAAGCUGGGAGUCAAACAGAUGUGCCUGCCGCUGAGGCACCUGAGAAAAUGGCCGAAGAAGAAUCGAUGACUCCUAAGCAGCCCAAGGAACGAAAGCUCACCAACAAGUUCAACUUCAGUGAGAGGGCCUCACAGACCUUCAACAACCCCCUCCGGGACCGAGAAUGCCAGAUGGAGCCUCCUCCCAGGACAAACUUUUCAGCCACAGCCAAUCAGUGGGAGAUCUAUGAUGCCUACAUGGAAGAGCUUGAGAAGCAGGAAAAGACUAAGGAGAAGGAGAAGACAAAGACUCCAGUGGCUAAAAAAACGGGGAAGAUGGCGAUGAGGAAGAUGACAGCUAUGGAGUCCCAGAGUGAUGACAUCAUCAAAGUGACCCAAGCUGCUAGAAUCAUGGAGCGGAUGGUCAACCAGAACACAUAUGAUGAUGUUGCUCAAGAUUUUAAGUACUACGAGGAUGCUGCUGACGAAUACCGGGACCAGGAGGGUACGCUGCUGCCUCUCUGGAAGUUCCAAAAUGACAAAGCCAAGCGCCUGGCCGUCACCGCCCUCUGCUGGAGUCCAAAGUACAAUGAUCUGUUUGCGGUGGGACAUGGCUCCUAUGACUUCAGGAAGCAGAGCCGGGGCAUGCUGCUCUUCUAUAGCAUGAAGAACCCCAGCUUCCCCGAAUACACCUUCAGCAGCGAGAGCGGCAUCCUGUGUCUGGACGUGCACGUGGACCACCCCCACCUAGUGGUGGUGGGCCACUACGACGGCAACGUGGCCAUUUACAACCUCAAGAAGCCCUACUCCCAGCCCUCCUUUCGCAGCUCAGCCAAGUCUGGCAAGCACACAGACCCUGUGUGGCAGGUCAAGUGGCAGAAGGAUGACAUGGACCACAACCUUAACUUCUUCUCUGUAUCAUCUGAUGGCAGGAUCGUGUCUUGGACGCUCGUGAAGAGCGAGCUGGUUCACACAGAUGUCAUCAAGCUGAAGGUGGAGGACAGCACGACCGAGGGUCCCGAGGGCUUGCAGAUACACACAGUGGGCUGUGGCACUGCCUUUGACUUCCACAAAGAGAUCGACUACCUGUUCCUAGUGGGCACAGAGGAGGGGAAGAUCUACAAGUGCUCCAAAUCCUACUCCAGCCAGUUCCUCAGCACCUAUGACGCCCACAGCAUGGCAGUGGAUGCUGUGUCCUGGAACCCCUACCACACCAAGGUCUUCAUGUCCUGCAGCUCCGACUGGACCGUGAAGAUCUGGGACCACACCAUCAAGACCCCGAUGUUCAUCUAUGACCUAAAUUCAGCCGUGGGCGACGUGGCCUGGGCCCCAUACUCUUCCACUGUGUUUGCAGCAGUCACCACCAAUGGGAAGACCCACGUGUUUGACUUGUCCAUCAACAAGUACGAGGCCAUAUGCAACCAGCCUGUGGUGGCCCGAAAGAAGAACAAGCUCACCCAUGUGCAGUUCAACCCCAUCCACCCCAUCAUCAUUGUGGGCGAUGAUCGUGGGCACGUCACCUGCCUCAAGCUCUCACCCAAUUUGCGCAAGAUGCCGAAGGAAAAGAAGGGCCAGGAAGUGCAGAAGGGUCCAGCUGUAGAGAUCGCAAAACUGGACAAACUGCUGAACCUGGUGAGGGAAGUAAAACCCAAGACCUGAGGGCCUGGCCCCAGGGCCUGGC